UUUGUGGCUAGUUUGGACAUUCUCCUUCCUUAUCCUUAACCAUGCAACUUUUGAUCCUCAGUCUUUUGGUGGCUGCUGCCUCCGCCACUUAUUCAUACGAUUACUCGUAUCCCCAAACCUAUGCUUUGGACAACUAUGGUGGAUCUUAUGGUGGAUCUUACGGUUACGGCGGAUCAUAUGGCUAUGGUGGUUUAGGAAGCGGAGUCUCAUAUCUCCUUGGAGGACAUGGAGGUUCUCACUAUGCUGCCCCAAGUAUUCAUUUCAUCAAGUACGUGCCUUCACAUACUUCUCAGACAUUACCCAAUGGUGGAAAGAUAAAUUUUGUCAUGAGGCCUUUAUCAACUAACAGAGAAACAGGUAUUAAAUCUACACAUAAAGGAUCUUCAUCUACAUCACCUCAAAAUCCACCAGCCUGGAUCUCGACUAAAGGUGGAACUCCUCAAGGCAAAAUAUCAGAUACGUCAAAGACUGAUGAUCAUAUCAAUAUACAUAGCUCAAUAGAUCCAGCAUGGACCUCAACUAAAGGUGGAACUCCUCAAGGCAAAAUAUCAGAUACAUCAAGAACUGAUGAUCAUAUCAAUACACAUGGCUCAAUAGAUCCAGCAUGGACCUCAACUAAAGGUGGAAUUCCUCAAACCAAGACAUCAGAUUCAUCAAAAACUGAUGGUCAUAUCAAAACACAUGGCACUGCAGAUUCAGCCUGGAUCUCAACUAAAGGUGGAAUUUUUCGAGGCAAAACAUCAGAUAUAUCAAAUGCUGAUGGCCAUACCAAAACACACGACUCGACUGAUCCUUCUAAGAGUCCCAUUCCAUUUCAUCCAAAGCCAGUCAUUCCAAGUACAACUAAAGUUCCAGCAUCUGUUACCCCAUCAAUGCCUAAAGAUAUUCCUGUUACCAUCGACUAUGAAGACGAGUUCUUUGAUGAUGACAUAGAAGAUGAACCUGAAAAUGAAAUUGAAGAAACGCCUUUGCGUCCUGAACCUCUGUCAGAUGAACAACCACAGUCUAGUUUGAUGGAUGAGAAUGACAAUUCAAAGGAGGCAUUCGUUUCCGUCCCACGCAAUCAUAAGGGAAAACUUAACCCGUCCUCAAGUAUGUCUUCUUCAGAAAGGCAAAUUCAAGAUACAGACUCUACUGGCAAACCAUUUCAUGACACUACUUCUGUGGAUGUUAAUACCAAAACGGGAAUCGCCAGUAAAUCUUCAUCUCACGUAGACGGUGCUCCAAGUUUGAGUACAAGGGACCACACACCUAAGAGGGCUUUUAGUCCUGUGCCAGAUAUGGACUAUGACAAUUUUGGUGCUUCAAAUAACCCGACAAACAACGAUGAUUCCAGAAAACACAACAGUAGGGGAUUCACUUGGGAUCGUCAAGCAGUUUAUUCUGGGUUAUCGACUGUUCAUAAGCAAAUUCCUUAUAAUAACAGGCCUUUGGCCGUCCAGUUAAUGCCCCAGGCAUUGCCCUUUUUAACAUCGUCGGAAAUAGUAGUGGAAAAUCCAGUAAUUGGUUAUUAUUACGGAAAUCAUCAACCGGCAACUGUAACCUAUGAAUAUGGAAUACCGAUGGAUGUUGUAGUCACAAAGUAAAAUACAAAAUGUAUGUAAUAGUUUGUUAAAAUGUAUUGCAAAACUCAUGCAUGUUAUCACAUUACUUUACCAAUUUUCACUGUUUAUUGAAAUAUUGAGAUUGUACCCAUACAUUGUAUGUUUUAACAUAGUUUGUCAAUGUUUCUAUCUUAAGUUGGAAAAUUUCAGCCGUUGGCUAUUGCUAAGCAAACCAUUAAUUUUGUACUAUAAGCUAUGGACAUGGAAUAUGGGCGGAUAAUGCAGUCACUUAUUAAAAUGCAAAGUAUAUACUGUAGUUUUACAAAUGCAUACUAUGAAAGACAGGUAUGCUUUUAAAUAUUUUCGUCAAUUAAUUUGUAUAGCUU